UCAGUUGUAGCGCCGACUCAGCUCGAAGUUGUGUAGUUUAAAGGCACAUCACUGUACAAAAUAGACGCACGUUUUUUCCGUAUUAAGUAACGUAGAGAGCAGUAAGAUUUUGCGUAGAGACAACGCGAGAAAAUUCAUACGAGGAUGCCACGCAUUCAGUCAGCAUACCGGGGGAAAUUCGUAUUCGUAUAUAUUUUACAAUUAUUUUCAUAUGCAACUUGCAAGGUGCAUGUACGACUGAUAGCACCCAACUACGUAACAUACAACAGCACAGCUACUCUGCAUUGCGAUCAUAAUGUCCCAGAUGCUGACUUGCAUAAAGUCGAGUUCAUGAAGGGUGACAAGAAGAUAUUACAAUACAUAAAGGAUAGGGAACCGCCGUUCAAGGACUGGGAAGUAGAGGGCGCAAGCAUGAAGCGCUUUGAAAAUGGCACGACAAUCAAAUUAGAGAAUGUCCGUUACGAGGCAUCCGGCUCGUAUAGCUGUGAAGUUUCGAUGUCGAUUCCUAUUUAUAGCCAGAUUUCGGAAAGCGUUCCAAUGGAAGUUAUAGUUCCACAGACUGAAAACCCAAAAAUCACGUUCAAGAAAAGCAUGUACGUGGUCGGUGAAAGUUUAGAGGCAAACUGCACCUCCUCGGCUGCGCAUCCAGUUCCUCACUUGACUUGGUACAUAAACGGCAAGGAGGUGGAUAUUAGUCUGGUAAACCACUAUCCUCACACGUAUCACGAACACCAACUAAUGUCAGCUACUGCAAAACUAACGAUAGAAGUAUCCGCGUUGCAUACAGGGGAAAAUGGAUAUUUGGAAAUCAGUUGCUAUUCAACUAUUCCUGAUUACCCAUUACGCCACGUGCAGUACGCUGAUGUUAGGAUGGAAUCGGUUUCAGUGCAAAUUAUACCCGCGCCGAUCGCCGAGUCCUCAGCACCAAAUGUCGCGCGGGGGUGGCCUCUAGCUACAUUACUGUGCAUACUCUGCGCGAUGCACAAGAUCAUUCCUUAAUAAAAGUCAAUUGCUAUAGGAUAAUUAAAACAAGAGAAAAAGAAAGAAAUUAAACAAAGAAGAAGAAAAAAACACAGGAAAAAGUAAAAAAAAGAUGUGUAAUAUACGUAAACGGAGAGUAAACACAAGUGGAGAAAAAAGGGAGAAUUUGUGGGAGGGAGGGGGGAAUAUAUAUUAUAUACAUAUACAUAUAAUAUAUAUAUAUAUAUAUAUUAAAGAACGAACAAUCACAAUGUCUUCCUUGAUUAUACCGAAAUACACGGGGGCAGCGAUUUUAUUGUCUUGCAGAAAUUUUAUAAACUCAUAUAGACGCGGCUUCUUCGUGCAACUAUUUUCGAUUGUCGCUUGUAUCAAUCGUUAUCUAUUUCGCGAAAAUAUUGUCGAAUUCCAAGGAAGAAUUCCGUUCGUUUUUCUGGUCUGUUUCGACUCGCAAGAGUUAGAAAUGAGACCAUUGAAACGGCAAUAGGGGGAAAGAAAACGAGAUAACACUUAGUGAAUAGCAAUUCGCCGGUUAACAGUGAUUUUUUCUAAAAAGAAAAAGAUGAAAAAAAAGAGAUAGGUAUAUACGCACGGGCGCAUUUUCCUUCUUCUCUUUCUGCUUUUUCGUCCUUUUUCUUCUUCUUUUUCUCCUUCUCGUCCUUCUUUUCCUUCUUAUUCUUCUUCUUCUUCUUCUCCUCCUCUUCUUCCCUCCUUCUCUUUUUCUUCUUUGUUUUGUUUUUCUUUUUUUCUUCUUCUCGUAACGUCGACCACGCAACAUCGAUCCGUUUACCAUCGUUCGAAAUCUCUCUGCGCGUAUCAGUGUCCUCGAUUUCAGAUUUUUUAACUACGUUGAUACGAUAUCGAAUUAAAUCGAUUUCGUACUGAACCAUCGAGAAGAAUUUAUCAGAUCCGCGAGAAAAUAGGUAUAUACGGAUGUACUUAUUGUUUUAUCGAUAACUUAAAGAGAGUUAUCCAUCGCUAUUCGGUGAUUAUUGCGACGGGACGCGAUGGACAAAUCCGUUCAUUCGAUUGGUCUAUUAUAACGAUCGAACACGGUGUAAUGAAUGUCAAUUCGUAAAUCGAAUUUCUUGUUCGAAAUUAAGGAAUGUAAUCGUAUAGUUAUCGUUUCAAACAAAUGUUGAAGCAUUUAUCGUAUAUAGUUUAAUACUUCUAAUUUUAACAUCUGUUAUUUAAAUAUAUGAAUUUUUCUUUUAUUAAAUUGAUGUUUCGAUUUCCGAAAUACUGAAAACGAUUUAAUACGACAAACAAAAGAAUUGAAUAUCUUUAGUGUGUCACUAUUAUUACCAUUAAACACAUUAUUUUCUUGUCAUUGCUUUUUUGUCGACAUGCAUAACCAAAGAUGAACAUUGUGAUCGAUUAUUUAACGUUUCUACAUUCCUAGUUGUAGUAUUAUGUAUGUACUCGUCAUAAAGCUAAUUUAUGUACUAAUAAUAAGUAAGAAGGCAGAAUUACCUAUAUAUUUCAUAUACAUAUCGUAUAUAUGUAUGUAUAAAAAAAUAUUAUAAGUUAAAUAGGUAUGGUACAUACGAGCUUUGUAUGUGUGCAUGUGAAUAUUUUGUUUUUAAAUAUCUUACAUAUUUAUAUAUAAAACAAAAAUUAUAUACGUAUGUACUUACGUAUGUUUGCUAACAGACGCUAAAUAUGUAUACCGGUAUGAAAACUGGCAUCCUAUUUACAAAUCAGAAAUUAAGACUGUUGUACCUUGUUAUCAGUAUAAUGAUAUAAUUGGUCGUAUUUGACUAUGAUAUUCGUUAAUUCCGCUAUUAACGUUUUCUUCAUUUAAUCGCUUGUUCCUCGCUCUUUUUGAUGAAACUCGCGAAUAAAAAUCAUUAAUGUAAAGCUAGUUACAUACGUUUAGUUAUACCGUGCAAUAAAACUACAAUAUACAUUAUACCUCUAUGUAUAGUACAUUAUACAGUAAUAAUAUACAUUAUAAGAACCAUUAUAUGUGUAUGACAUACAUUCUAUUACUAUGUAAUAUUAUUAGUAUAAAUUUUACAUACAUUUGUUUUACUGAAAAAGUUUAGUACAGGCCAAAGCCGUACACUUUGUCGAUCUACAUAUAAUGUAUAGAUACAUAUGUACAUAGAGUACAAUUAUAUUUUCAAUUUUAAUACAACUUCUAUAAAAGAUGAAUAUUAUGAAUAUUUAAUCAAAUUGGUAUUUUCUCCCUUUUUUCUUUCUUUUUUUAUUUUAAAUAGAGACGUAUCGUUAGAUAUACGAGAUCAUGAUCCGUUAUUAUUGAAACUUUUUAUUUGUUAUUUAAAAUAACUAAAAUCUUAGACAAUCUUUUAUAUAGAAUAAAUAAAUAAUAGUAAUAAUUAGUAAAUUAUUUAUUUUAUUAAAACGGCUAAAUGCAAACGAGCUAAAUUAAUUAUAUCAUCAUAGUUGCCUAAUCAUGUCGAAGCAAAAGAAUGCGAAUUUCUGAUACUUAUUUUAAUCUCACUUUGUCGGACUUCCCGCAUAGUUAUAUUGCACGUUAUAAUUAACCGUGUAUAGAUAACUUGAUAAAAUACGUGCACACGUAGGAUGGUCCCUUAAGAACAAAACUUGUUCGUUGCGCGACGCGUCCCAUUGCGCUAAUCCCAUAGCAGGUCCUAUUUUUAACGAAAGAGGGGAAAGCACGAAAGAAAGAAAGGAAACGUUUUAUUUUAUCACAGGGGAAGGUUUAGCUAUUUUGUCAGCACGACAAAUAGUCUAUAAAUGGCCAUCCUGAACAAGAACAGAAAAACAACAUGUGUAAUUAUAGAAUUUCCUUGCCUACGCACCGUGUUCUGCACAUCGUGUCGAUCAAUAAAGUUGUGUAUACGACGGCUUUCCGGGACAUGCCACGUGUGCACGAUUCUAAAACGCUUCUGUUCCCCUUUUUCUUCUCUUCUUUUUUUCAGUUUAACGCGUUCUGUGGAAAAGAAGAACGAGAAGAGGGAGUGAAAGUGACAGAUGAUAGAUACAGAUAAAGCGAGAGAAAAAAAAGAAAGAGCGAUCAAGUGCUGUGAGUGGGGGGGAGGGGACUGUUAUAUUCAUAAUGGUAAGAGUUCUUUAGCAAGUGAUAGGUACUUUCCACGUAUCGGGCAACAUAUCGUAGCGUUAUAAUUAUACAUAAAGAGUUAAUCUUUUCGAGCCUCACGGCUACUUGAUUGUCCCUGAUCUCAAGAGGCGCGCGAAUAGCUGCUAGCUACGGCACCCUGCCGAUACAAUGUAAUGGAGACGCUGACGAACGCGAAACAGCUCUGCCCAUUAUACAGACUGAUUGUGAGUCAACCGAAAAAGAAUUUAACAUGAAUAAUGACGACUAUUUUCAGAGUUGGUUGGACAAUGCUUACGACAUGAUUUAAACGUAAAAUAUAUAUAUGUAAAGAUUUGAAUAGUCCCUGCUUUAAAUUUAUAGAUUUUUAGCAGAGUAAAACGUUUACAUCUAUGAUAAUGAGAUCUAAAUUUAUAUUAAUAAUUUAUAAAAUUAUGCGUCUAUUUGCAGGGCAUUUAAAAUGUUAUAUCGAAUUAAAGAGGCUUAAAUAUUACUUGCAAUAUAAAAUGCCUCACCUAUUAAAAAAGUAACACGAAAGAUUCGAAACAGAUCAAGAUUAGUUAGUUACGAUUUGUACGAACGAAUAUGUGUACAACAAAACAUAAUAUACACUAUGUAAAUAUUGAUUGUAAGUAUUCGGAAACUCUGGUUAAUUUAUAGUAAAACUUUUUGAAUUUGACCAAAAUAUACAAAUUGACGAUAAAUCAGUAAAUAAUUUCAAUAAAUAACAGAUAUAGCAAUAAUAUAAUAUGUGUGUAUAUAUAUAUAUAUAUAUAUAUAUAUAUAUAUAUAUAUAUAUAUACAAUAUUUAUUAUUUAAAUAUCAUUAUUUGGAUUAAUCUCGAAAAUUUUUCUAUUCGAAAAAUCUGGAAGAACUUUCUUGAUCUAACUUAUAAUUCACAGAAAUCCAAGAAUCUAAAGAUAAAAAGCUUGCCAAGUAACGAGUAAUUUUACAACUACGCAAGUUAAUUUUAUCAUUACGCGCUAUACGUUAAAAAUUAAUUUAAUCACACGUCACAAUUUUAUUAUACGUAAAUAUGAUGAUUACGGAGAAUGUGUAAAAUUGUAGUACAAUUUAUGCGUAAUUUCGUAAUGAAAAUAUGUUUUGUUAAACCUAACAAGUGUCUACAUAUUUUUAAGCCAUAGUGUGUAUUGAAAAUAAUAAUGGUACAUAUUUUUAGAAUGAUUCAGUAAUAUAAUUCAAAUGAUGCUUUUAUGUCAUUAACUUAUUAGUUACAUUUUGUACAAAAUUGAUUAAACUCAAGAUAUUAAUUAUUUACUUCGUACUUGUAUAGACGUAAGUGCUUAUUAUUCGUUUUUAUAUUACUUAGGAAUGUGAACGAGUUAAUAUUCAUAACAAACAAUUCACACGAAUCGUAUUUCUUCGAGUGUUCUAUAGUCAAAAUAUAUAGCAUUAUAUGUUAAAACAAAACUUUGCUUUUAAUCUGGAUAUAGUUAUAACAUCAGGUUUGAUCAUCUGACAAAGAAGAUUUCUAUCGAUAUUACGAUAUUAUAUUAGUCCCUAAACGAUUGUUUUGAAAAUUCGUAACUUUUUUUGUCAGUAAAUUUAUUCUAUUAUAUAUUUUAUAUAUUUGGCAACAAUCGUUUAUCGUGCACUUUUAUAAAAAGCUACUUAAUAAAGAUUAUUUACAAAUUGGACAUUAAAUAAGGUUAACGAUUAAGGGAAAAAUCUGGCAUUGGUCAAUAAAACGUGUCAUUUAAAAAAAAAGAAACAUUUUCCCAGGGUAUAUAUAGGCAUAUGUAAGUAGUACCCCGAAAUUCUUCGAUUUUGUCAUGAAUUUUCCGAACAACCCGAUAGAAUAGAACGUGCCCGUGGAUGUGUAACUAAAGAUUUUGUAUUGUGCACUUCAGCCUUUCAGAAACUAAAUUAAUCAUACUUUUUAUUAACUUCUCAAUUUAUCACUCUGAAAGCCGCAAAAUGGAAGACAAAAGGCGAUUGACGAUGAGUAGCGAAAAAAAACGAAGAAACCGGCAAAUUCAGGCCGAUAGAAUAUCGUUGACAAACGAUGAAAAUGUUGUUGCUAUUCACAUUGAUGUCUUCUUUCCAAGCGCUGAUUGUAAUCAUGAACGAGAUUCCAUCGAGCGAUGAUAAAGCGUUGAUCAGUCCGGCGAGAAAAGUAGCCGUGAGGAUAGUCGGCGGAGAAAUCACGAACAUAAGAAAUUACCCGUUUCUCGUAGGUGAAAUGCGCCCGUGAAGAUUCCUAAAUAUUAUUUAAAACUGCGGAUACGCGAGUCAUGCUCUAAUCGUCUCCAAAAUACAAAAAUAGGAAAGAUACAGGUAGAAAAUGGCGCCAACAAAAUAUCUAUUUACGAAAUCUUUUCAUGUCUCGAUGACAUGGUAAGAAUUAUUAUUCCUCGCGAUUUUACUAAAAUUCGUAGAGAAUAGUAGAAAAUAUGUACGUAUUUAAACUGUUUCCUAUUAACGGAAUUGAUCAAGGUAAAAGUAGGAGGGAAGAAUUUGAAAAAGGGGGUUAAAUAAUAAUUUAGGAGCGUAUAGUGUCUAUAUAAAAGUAAGAAAGUCAGUAUGAAAGUAAGAAGUAAUUUACCGAUAUAGGUACAAAUUAAUCUUGGAACAAUCUCAUCCGUGAAAAUUGACAAGAAGAAUACUUAAUCAGAGUUACAAUUCUUAUAAACAAGAAGAAAGUGUUUUAUUGACUUACAUAUGUGCAUAAAUAGGUGCCCCUAACCAAAUUCACCCUGGAAACGAGGACAAAAUUCGAUAUAAAUUCAUAAUUUCCAGAACGGUCACAAUUCUAUUCUAAAAUAUACAUAAUCUUCGUCCAAGUUGAAGAUAUACUUGUAGAGGAAUACUUCUUAUAUUAAAUAGAAAACUAGGAUAAGAUCUGCCUUGAAACAAACACUGAUGAGACAAGUCGAUAAAGAAUAUUUCAAAAUGUUCAGAGUUUAAAGUUUCUUCCUACGAAUUAAAUGUACCAAUUCUCGUCGAAACAAUCUUCAUCUAUAACCGGAUCUAAUAUCUCUUUCAAGAUUAAUUUGCAAACCUAUGUGCAAUUAUAUUGAUAAUAUAAUUAGACCGUAGAUACUUAUGCAAAUGCAUAUUUUUAUGAAUAUAAUUAAAGAGGUAGAAUCUAUGUGCAGAGUUGUUUUAUUUACUAAAUAUUAUAAUUUUAUAUAUAUUUACGCGUCAUGUGCAUUCUACGUAUUUUUGUAUCUUCACAUUUCCUAUGAAUGCAUAAAAGUUUGCAAUUUAUUAAUAAUAGUGUUCUUCUCACUUUAAUAGAUAGUAUACGCACCUAAAUUUUCAUUCGUCUCUGUAGCAAACAGUUCUUCGAUUAGUUCUGAAAGUCUUAGGUUGUUCGAAAGUUGAUAGCGAGAUGCAUAAAAAAAGUAAUCAAAAAAGUAAUUAGCAUUUUGUCGAAUGUUUAUUUACUAUUCUUUUUUAUAUGACAUUUUACUAUCUACCGAGUGGCCUCGAUUAUUUUUCAAGAAGGCUUUUCGUCUCUUUUUGAUAAUGAAUUCUUUCAAGUUACGACGUAUUAAAAAUGUUUGUGGAAGCUAAAAUAAAUGACGUUCAGGAGUCCUUAAUUCCUCCGAAUUAGCUUAUUUUCUAACUGAGGUUCGAUAUACUACUAUACCUGUUUACUAUAACCUGUUCUUGUUAAAAAACGGUUUCUAAUUGAUUAUAUUUUCUAAAUGUUUCUCUUUAACUACUACAUUUAAUGUUCGGUUAGGAGCAGUAUUUCUUUGAAUUUUCUAUUAUAUUAUAUAAAUUGUUCGUGAAGUUGACAGCAAAAUUUCAAAAAAGUUUCAUAACAAUCUGUUCUUAUAGGAUUAUUAUGGAAAGUUAUUUUAUUAGGUUGCAUGUAUAUCCAUCGUUUUAUUUUCCGUUUGUGCUAAAUUUAGUUGCUCCAGGUAAUAUUUUUAGGUUUAUAGAGAAUUCAAUUUCUUGGAAAUCAAGCAAUUUUCUAAAGCCUAGAAUAUACGAUAAGCGAAUGGUGCUAUACUUGGUGAAUAUAUGUUUUCAACUAAUGUCUAAUAUAUUUUGCUUCUUCUUGAUCGAUAUAUCGAUGAAUGCAGGAUUUUUCUCUUCGAUAAAGAAUUUUAUCGAAUAUAUACAUGCUAUAUAACAGAGUAUACUAAUACUCUAUUUAUUGGAAGGCUGAGAAUUAUAUUGGUGUAAGUCAAUCCAUUAUCAUGUUCCACAACAUAGUGUUCUACAUUUAUUGUUCUAAUAUUUAUUUCAUUUUUUAAAUGAUAAAAGUGUAUUCAGGCAAAGAAUAAAGACAUAGCUUCGUUAACUGCGGAACUAACGGGACAGUAUUUGUAAGAGCUGAAAUGCGUGAUUAAAUCGAAUUUCCUAAAAUCUUGACUUACAUCGUGUUAUGAUAUUGCGAACAUUUCGAACAACCUAAUAAAAGAAUUGUGGAUGUUUAAUAUUUAUGCAAGUUCAUAUUUUUACGAAUAUAAUUAAAAAAGUGGGACAUGAUUAAGAAAUUGUUUUACCUGUUAAAUAUUGUAGAAAAUAUUUUAUGCUUUGGAUAUUUUAUAUAUUUUUGCAUAUUAUGUGCAUUUAGUGCAUUUUGCAUCUUCAAAUUUCUUAUAAAUGCAUAAAUGUACGUUAGGAUAAGAAAUUUCUUCGGAGACGAUUAGAGCGUACGUUGUAAGUAUCUGGGUUCUAUCGGUAAGAAGUAAAGGUUCGCUGAUGACGAAACCGAAUUUUCAAUGUCAAUUUCUCAUAGGUCUCGGUCCAACGGCGACACUUUAGUCAUGUCUGCGGAGGUACUUACAUAGCACCGAGAUUCGUUUUGUCCGCCGCGCAUUGCAUGGUCAGGUGCGUUCUAAUUGUAAGACUGCGACACGUACAUAUGUAGGUAUGUAUACAGUCUAUGACUCUUAUCCGUAAAAUGGUAGCAAAGUAUCGCCAGUACUGGAUAUCUUAACCGACAGAUUAAUAAAAAUAUUCUAUUAGUGAAAUGUUGCAAUGUUUUUACCGAUUCAACGAAUUCUCAUUGGUGCUUUGAAAAGUGAGUACAUGAUAAAUGAAUACGCGCUAUACAUAUACCGCUCAUACACCGAGAAUAUUUAUAAGUUUCUGAGGAUAAUUAGAAACUAAUUUUCAGUCAUUUAAUCGAUCGUAGAAAGAAUACAGGGAAAAUUGCUGAUAGUCAAAGCUAAGGACUUUUUUUAAUUGUACUUCUUGAGCUAAUAAUGAAAAAGAAAUGAAUUGGGAAGUUUGUAUAUUGAAUUGUAACAUAUGAAAUGUCUUUUUGUCUAACUUUACCCUACGCUAAGAUAUUUAAAAGUAUUUCAUUAAUGAAACCAAAAGAAUUUCUCGUUAACGAAUUACAAUUAUAUACAUAUCUAUAAUAUUAUAUUAUUUAAAGAGUUUAGAUUUAUUUUGUAUUUCUUUACAAUUUAUUAGUGAGCAUCCAUAAUAACUUGUACGCUAUUAGUGCUCUCUUUAAUUAAAAUAUUCUAUCUAGAAUGUUCUUCAGCUUUCAAGUAUAUUUAAAUAAUUCAAGCCUCUAUGUUUCUUCCUUUUAACAUUAUCAAAUAACAUAUCAAUAACAAUAUCAAUAACAUUAUCAAAAACGCUUGUAUAUUUUUAAGUGUAAAUAUAUAUGUACAUAAUUGUAAAAAAUAAAAAAUCUGAUAUAUUCAUAUUUUUCUGGUGUAUAGUUAUACUAUUUAGGUGUAUCCACAAGCUGGUGUGAAAUAAUUAUUUAAAUAUUUGGAACUGAAUGAAGAAAGCAAAGAAAAUGAUAAAACUUCCGUUUUGCCGGAUGUUUCGUAGUAGUAGAUUUUAACUAAUGGAAAUAGAUUAUUUGUUAUUAUUUAUAUUGUUACGAUAUAUACAUUUAUAUUUUAAAUAACAUUAAUAUGUUAUUAUAUUGUUAUUAUAUAUACUAUAUUAUAUAUAUAUUGUUAUUAUUUAUAUGACGAAAAAAAUUACUACAGAAAACUUUAUCUUCAAAAUCAUUUUAACAAGGGAUACUAUAAAAUAUAUGUUCUACCAUUGUAAUAAAUGGCAAGGACAGUAAUUAAUGAUAAUCGCCUUUAAAUCUAUAAAUUACUCUUUAUAUCGAGAAACACUAUAAAAAAUAGACUUUAUUCGCAAAAUAUAAAUUAUACAUCUACGGCAUGCGUAUAUUACAAUCCAAUAUACUCAAACCAACGUAAGCAGUAUUUCCAAUCUUAUAUAUCCAGUAAUUAAUUUAAGUAACGCUAUCUUGCUUUUUAACAUAUAAAAUCGACUUCUACGUAUUAUGAUCUUCGUAUUAAUGAAAUUCCGUUUAUGAAAAUACGCUCGAUUAUAAAACACCUAGUUUUUUUCAUAUUCUUUGAUCACGCAAUGCGUAUAAAUUGUGCAUCUUGUAUAUGUACAAUGUACUUGUAUAGAUACGUAAAGGUAAAGUUGGCCUGCUGAAAGCCAUAGAAACGAGAACGUGGAAUCGAUUUCCUUUCAGAGCUCGACGUACCGACGAUUUUGUAAAGAUUAGUUAUAACAGUUUAUCGACACCAAAGGCAUGAUAAAUGCUGUCAAUAGUUAUUUUUUUAUUAAAAGCGUACAUAGAUGAGACAUUGGUGGAAGAAAAGGAUUUAUUAUAAUAUCUCACGCGUAUCUUUAUGCUACCAUUUUACGGUAAUAGAGCAUUCUUCGCUCGUAGCGCUUUCAUUGCUAUCAUAGAUACGUAUGCUGCUUUUAAGAUCUCCAAAUGUAACAGAUACGAUACGUUAAUUUUAAGGAUAUCAGAGAUCCUCUAUAGCUCGUUUAAAAUUAACUGAUUCAAGGCUAUUUAUAACUUGUCCGUGUCUUUUAUAUCUAAUCAAGUAUCAGAUGAAGAGAACGAGUUAAAAAUCUAUAGAAAAUCUAUGGAAAAUCAAUGAACGAAAGAUUUUAUCGUUUUAUUUUUAUCAUUAUAUAUAGUUUGGAUGGAUUAUUAUGGAUAAUUGAAGGAUUUGAAGCAAUAAGGGGACAGCUUCAAUAUUGAAAUACUUAGUGGAAGAGAAAGGCCUAUUCUACCUAUUCUGUAGGUUUGGUACUGAAAAAUUAAGAAGUUCAUUAUCGGGAAUAAUAGAAUAUGAAUUUUUAACGCUUUUAUAUCGCAUUAUCAAUAUUCUUUUGUUCGAUUUUAGAAUUAAGCAUGUACUUUUUUCAUUCUUAUAAUUAUUUCAAAAUUAUUGAUUGUUAUAUGCAAUAUAAUAUUAGGUACAUAUUUGGUUCUUUACAAAAUUUCAUAAUCUACGGUUUAUUUCUCGAAAGCUUGAGAGCUUGUUCCCUUCCUAGUAUCGGUUGUAGUAUCUAGCUAUAGGCGACCAGAGUAGUUGAAGGUAGAUUUCAGUUACGUUACUUAAUUUUAGGCUGUUUAAUUAUGAAUUUCGAUUAUUACUUUGUGGUCUUUCGUUUACUUUUUUACUUUUGCAAUUUAAUGCAGUUUCUGCUUACUAGUAUUAAUCAUUAUUUACUAAUUUUUGAAGACCACCAACGUUCUUUGUUUUACUGCAUAUAAGUCAGCAAUCCCGUUAAAGUUAAUCCGUUGAAGUCUAACGUUGCAUAUAUAUACAAUAUACAUAUAUUCGUAUUAUAGAUAUGUUUGGAAAGAAAUGGAAUACAUAAUUAAAUCAAAAGACGAAUCAUAGUAUAUAAAUGAUAACGUCUAUGACGGGACAAAUAGCAUUGAUCAGCCAAUUGAACUAGCUGUAGCAAAGUCAAUUUUACCAUUAGAUCGCUGUUUUGUUAACCUUUGCGACUGCGUUGCGAACCGCUGCGAUUGUUAACCUUUAGAUCGCUAAAUGUACAAUCUAAUCUAGGUAGAAUGUCUAUGUUUUGAAUGAGUCUAUAGUAGAAGCAUUGCUGAAAAUCCAAUUUGAACAGAAAAUCGAUAAAAUUGCACAUACGAAUCAAAUAAUUAAUUAUUCGACCAUCAAACUGUUAACUGAGUUAGAUUACCUUCGAUUAAGAAAUAUUUCUUUUUCAUUGAAAAGCCAAUUUACAAUUUAAUAAGUACUUGUACAAAAAUUCAAUACAAUCAGUUCCUGAUGAAAAUACACGUAUGUAUUGUAGCUAAUAAGAAACAGGAGCACUUUAAAAUACUUAUCGAUUCAGCAGUGAAAUAAAAAAUUCGUAAGUUAUGAAUUAAUAUUAACACUUAAAGGCUAUCAUGUGAAUAUCACUUAAUAUUAUUGUCCUGUAAUAAUUGUUCACUUCCACACUGUAAACGACUUUUCUACUUUUCGUCUAAUAUCAAAUAAUAAUGAAAUAUUUAAUUACAUUCGUUUGACUUUAUUGAUUUGUAAAAUGAAAAGUAUGUACAUACAUACAUAUAUAUAGUAUAUUCGAUGACAGCUUUUAAGGGUUAAAUUGCAAAUAAUUCAACUAACGAAUUGAUAAUUAAUAACCAAAAAUCUCAAGUUCCACACAAAAUUUACUUUUUCAUGGUACUAUUUUACACCGAUCAGCAUACGUAGUAGUGUAUACCAACGACAGUAGCGACCAUAGCAGUGAAAGGGUUAGCGGCGUUAUAUAGAUCUUAUUAACGUUUAACAACCCAAAUUUAGAACAAAAAAAAAAAGACAAAAAUCGCAAAAACAAGAAAGAAAAGAGACGGAAACUGACAAUGUAAGUGCACUAAUCAUUCGUCACUAUCUUUGUAAUCGACUCAUCAAUUUUCCAUCAAAUUUCGAAAAGUGUUUAUUAUCUUUCCGUGUGAAGUCAGCUUUCUCUCCACUUUGGAAACAAGGAAUCAGUGGCCGCCCGUGAUGAUCUUUCAAAAUUACUUGAUCUAUUGUUAUUGUUCUACGCGAAAGUUCUUAUGUGUGCGUUAGGAAGAAAAGAAAAGAAAAGAUGUAAUGCAAUGAAAAGAGCGAACCAUGUAAGAAUAUGAUGUGCAACUUAGAACUGAUUCGAUUAAAUCAUUCGUAUAGACCGACGUUCGACGGCAAUUGGAUAGCUGAAAGUCCACGUCGAUUCUACGCGAUCGCCGGAGCCACUUAUGUGUACUUUCCAAGCUGGAGUUCCAUACAGAUGGAAUUGAUAGACAGAAUAUUACCGCACACGAACUUUAGAUUCUCGAACAUGCAUCACGAUAUUGGAUUGUUCAGGGUGAUUAUUAUGUGUAUAUAUAAACUCUGUGUGAAAAAAAUAAAAUAAAUGAAAGAAAUGAAAAAAAAGAGAGAAAAAGAA